AUGGAUUCUUUUCCCGGUUGAAGGAGGUUUGGACUAGGCUGAAACGAGACGGCGGGGCCCCAUCGUUGUCACAGCCAGUCUACUCCGGCGGCCCAGCCCACGUACAGUCGAGCAGGCGAUCUCGCACCCCUGGUCGCCUGGUCAGCAGUGAGCAGUCAGCGGCUGCGCGCCGCCUCGUCGGGACUCGGGGGCAGAGCUGGGGCUAUCUCUUGAGCUGGUGGUCAGGUACUCAGGAGGUCAUCCAUGAUCCAUCCUGAUUCUCCCUCGUCCUGCUCCCCUUUCCUUGGCCGGCCGGCGCGCGGAGUGGAGGUCGACCGACAUUGAAUUCCCUCUUUCCUUCUUUGCCGCUCAAUUGCCCCCUUGCUCCGCGGGAAGCUGGCCACCGGUCCUGCCUGCGCAAUCCAUUUUGUUCGUACUAUUAUUGUGUAACCAUUGUGCUCCGUGGAGCCGUAGAGGUGGAGAUCUGGGUUGCCAUUUCCAGAUUUCACAGGACCCUGGCCGCGUCCGCUGCGAUGGGUCGAAGCGUCUGGGCGGUUCCGUUGGCUUCCCUUCUUGCGUUUGGUUUGGUGCUCGGCUCCGUCGAGGCCAGCCUCGGGGAUGUUGAUCCGCGUUACAGAACUUGUGUGAGGGAGUGUCAAACUACAGGGAUUAUUGGGGAGAACGUGAUCAGCCAUUGUCAGUUCAAAGAGGACAACACUUCUGUUGGAGGCUCUUGGUAUAACCAGGAGCAAAUUUAUAUCCAGUGGAAAGAACUGAACUGUAUGACAGACUGUCGCUACUUUUGCAUGACGCGGAGAGAAGGGGAACGGCAGGCACUUGGUCUGAGCCCCGUUAAAUAUCAUGGAAAGUGGCCGUUCUUACGCGUUUCUGUGUUCCAGGAACCCCUUUCAGCUGCACUUUCUGCUGUCAACCUACUGAUGCACUUCACUGGCUGGCUUUCAUUUUUUCUUCUAGUGAAUUACCAAUUGCCUCUUAGACCCCAGGCCAAGAGAACUUACUAUGAAUAUACUAGCUUGUGGCAUAUCUAUGCAAUCUUAUCAAUGAACGCAUGGUUCUGGAGCUCUAUUUUCCAUACUCGAGACAUUGACUUGACUGAGAAAUUGGACUAUUCUUCAGCUGUGGCCCUGCUUGGCUACUCGUUGAUCCUUUCGUUGCUAAGGGCUUUCAAUGUCAAGGAUGAGGCUAGCAGGGUGAUGUUUGCAGCCCCUAUUUUGGCAUUCGUUACGACGCACAUCUUGUAUCUUAACUUCUAUGAGCUUGACUAUGGGUGGAACAUGAAAGUUUGUGUGGUGAUGGCCGCGGUUCAACUUCUGACGUGGGCAGUCUGGGCUGGUGUAAGCCGGCAUCCGUCGCGGCUGAAGGUCUGGACAGUUGUUUUCGGAGGAGCACUCGCCAUGCUACUUGAACUCUACGACUUCCCUCCAUACAUGGGUUACGCCGACGCCCAUUCGCUGUGGCACGCAAGCACCAUUCCGCUCACCUGUCUCUUGUGGAGCUUCAUCAAGGACGAUGCCAAGUUCCGCACGGCAACACUCGUCAAGAAGGCAAAGUAAUUAAGCAAAGGGCCACACUGUUAAGAUAUAGGGUCUGGGACCCAUCGUGUACACGAGGAGCGGUUUGGGGCACACGUGUUAUACCGGACAUCAUGAAACCUCCAGUAUAUUUGCUCCCCCCCCCCCCCCAUGAUGCUCCUGUGUCCUGUCCUGUCUCCCCUCCACUCACGAAUUUUGUCCACAAACUCAGCGUAUUCUUUAGGGCGCAUGUUCUGCCAUUACGAUCCGCCUUCUUACCUGAAUGUGUAAAACUCAGGGAAUUUUAGAAUGUGUUGGUGGGCUUUGCUAGAUUUUGUCAUCGCCGAAUCAGUUUUGCAUUGUGGAAUCAGACAGGACAAUGGACAUCAUCGGUGUGUUUGAGUGUUUCCUGUGACGUGUGGACUUGUG